AUCAGCACCAAUAUUAUUAUAAGGAAAGGAGUACGUUUUAGAAUUUGGAUUUGGAAACACAACUUUAAGCUAGCAUCAUUAUACUGUAAAGGCCAGGCCAGGCCAGCCCAACGACUAUGGCUUCCAAGCCAGGACUCCUCACUGAGUGGCCAUGGGCAAGGCUCGGCAGCUUCAAGUAUGUGGUGUUGGCUCCAUUUGUGGUUCACAGCGCAUACAAUUUCAUAAAACAAAAGCCAAGCGACAGGGAUCCAAACGUGUUGCUCAUUUUCCCCUUCCUACUCCUAAGGAUGCUCCAUAACCAGCUGUGGAUUUCGCUGUCCCGUUACAGAACGGCCAAAGGUGAAAACAGGAUUGUUGACAAAACCAUCGAGUUUGAACAAGUUGACCGCGAAAUGAACUGGGAUGAUCAGAUCAUAUUAAAUGGGAUUUUAUUUUAUGUGGGGUACUAUGCCAUACCAUUGGCAAAACAUAUGCCAAUUUGGAGGACGGAUGGGAUCAUAAUUACGGCGUUGCUUCACAUCGGCCCCGUCGAAUUCCUCUACUACUGGUUGCACAGGGCGUUGCACCACCACUUCCUCUACACCCGCUACCACUCCCACCACCACUCAUCUAUCGUCACCGAACCCAUUACAUCGGUGAUUCAUCCAUUUGCGGAGCACAUAGCAUACUUCAUCCUGUUUGCCAUCCCGAUGCUUUCAGCUGUAGGGACCGGAACUGGAUCCGUGGUGGCUUUUACUGGCUACGUUCUCUACAUUGACGUCAUGAACAACUUGGGCCAUUGCAAUUUUGAGCUUGUUCCCAGCUGCCUUUUUUCCAUCUUCCCCCCUCUCAAGUACUUCAUGUACACCCCUUCGUACCACUCUCUGCACCACACUCAAUUCCGAACAAACUACUCACUCUUCAUGCCAAUGUACGACUACUUCUACAACACAAUGGACGUCUCAACAGACACAUUGUACGAGAAAUCGCUGGUAAGGCAGGGCGAUAGGCCCGACGUGGUGCACCUAACCCACCUCCUGACCCCAGAGUCCAUCUACCAUCUCCGCAUUGGAUUCGCAGCCUUGGCCUCCAACCCCCACUCCUCCAAGUGGUACUUCUGGUUAAUGUGGCCUGUCACUGUUUGGUCAACCUUGAUCACUUGGAUAUAUGGCCGCACUUUCAUUGUUGAGAGAAAUUUAUUCAAGCAUCUCAAGUUGCAAACAUGGGCUCUCCCCAAGUAUCGCGUUCAAUACUUCAUGCAAUGGCAAAGAGAGAGUAUCAACAAAUUGAUUGAGGAAGCUAUUUUAGAAGCUGACGAGAAAGGGAUCAAGGUCUUAACUCUUGGCCUAUUGAAUCAGGAGGAGGAGUUGAAUAGAAAUGGGGAGCUUUUCAUACGAAAACACCCAGAGUUGAAAGUGAGGGUUGUGGAUGGAAGUAGCCUAGCAGUUGCGCUUGUCCUUAACGCUGUUCCCACCGGAACAACUCAAGUUGUGCUUGGAGGAAACUUGUCUAAAGUUGCCUUUUCUGUUGUCUUCGCACUAUGCCAACGUGGAAUCCAGGUUGCUCUAUUGCGUGAGGAUGAGUACAAGAGACUUAAGGGUAGGCUAAACACCGAGUCAGCUAAUAAUCUUGUCCUUACCAAAUCUUUUUCAGCAAAGAUUUGGCUUGUAGGGGAUGGAAUGAGAGAAGAUGAACAAAUGAAAGCGCCAAAAGGGACAUUGUUUAUCCCCUUCUCUCAGAUCCCUCCAAUUAAAUCGCGCAAAGAUUGCCUUUACCUAAGCACACCUGCAAUGGUUGCCCCUAAGCACCUCGAGAAUGUGGACUCUUGCGAGAAUUGGUUACCAAGAAGAGUGAUGAGUGCCUGGAGGGUUGCAGGAAUAGUACAUGCCCUGGAGGAAUGGAAUGUUCACGAGUGUGGGAAAACCAUGUUUGACGUUGGAAAAGUGUGGACAGCCAGUCUAGACCAUGGUUUCCGCCCCUUUACACUCUCCCCUACACAACUCAAGGCCUGAUAUUUAUCAUUCCAUACCAUCCAUUUUAACCAUUUAAUAGUAAUAAACAAUACUAGUAUCUAUAUCUAUGUAAUCUGGUGUAUAAUAAUAACAAUUUAGUUUCUUGUUUAAUGAUUUUCUACUCCCUACUCUACGUGCAAUAUGUGUUCGUCGAAAUGGUGUUUUGUAUUAUGUAUUUCAGUAUGUAAGUUUCUCCAUCAAUUAAUGAUGAGCCCAAUGUAUAUGUUUUGACAUAUGGCUUCCAUCACCACCCUAUUUUAGUUCUCC